GUAAUCCUCAUCGUGUGGUCCAGAAGAAUCUAUCCAUCCAUUACUCGCUUUGUGUAGAACUGAAACUGAUUACAGAGAAGCAAAGGGAAGAUUAAAAGAAACAGGAAAAAUGUCGGUCUCUUCGUCUAUAUUUGGUUCUCCAGUUCUCUUGUUACCCAAAUCGUCGUCGUUUAAGCCACAGAAUGCUCAGAUUCAAUCACCUAUGAUAACCACCGUUGGUUAUGGCGGCGGGUUGUUGAUUGAAUGCUCUUCAAGGCCAAAGAAGAAAGCAACUUCACAUCACAUGAAGACAAGGCCAAGAAAGAGUCAGCCUUGGGAUAUAAAAAGAAAACCCACUGUUUAUCCUCCUCUACCUCCUCUUCCUCCUGAUUGGACUCUUGUUUCCUCUGCUGCUGACGGGGAUGGUGACGGUGGUUGUGUUACUGAGGCUGCUUUGCCUUCUGCUCCUGCCUUACAGGCUCCAGUUACAAGUGGGUAGUUGGAUGUUUGUUCUUUUAGCAUGUGUUAACUUUCUAUUUGAGACAUUGAGUUGGGUAUUUUCGCUUUAUGUACUUUUUCUUCCGUAUUUUAAUUGCUAAAACUGAUAAAUGUGUCUAUACUUCUCCUGCGGUUUUUCAUGCCUAUUACCUGUUCGAUGAUGUUACCGAGAGAGAAAUUCUACUCAGUUAGUUUUUCAAAACUUGUUUCUCGCAUAUCUGGAUUUUGGACUUUCAAUAGAAUCUGCCACCGCAAAUUUGGUUUAA